AUGUGCCCAGACGGUCUGGAGAAGGCGGAGGUCCAGCAGCUGAUGAACGAGCUGUUCAAUUUAUCGGAUGACAAUUUCGUUCGAAGCAGUGAUCGGAUGCACGCCUUCAAGCUGGGACGGCCAGCUCCUAAGAUUGGAGACAUUGACCGGUGUGCAGUGUAUGUGUCACUGGCACCUAGUAUGGAGAACCCUGCGGGGAUGGACCCGCCGGAGGGCGAUGCUGCUCGGUGUCCUCAAUACACCAGCAGUGAGGAGGAACAGAACCGCCCUGCCCCGACCACCGAGGACAGGGUGGCGGGGAAAAGGCCAAUGGCGGUGGAUCCAUCCCCUGCGGAGGCACUGCCGGCGGAGACCAGCCAAGCUCCGAAGCGUCGUCGGCUCGUGAGGAUCACCGAUGACGCGGACGAGGACGAGGAGGCUGCACCCUCUUUGGUCCGAAGGCCACGUAGUCGUCCAGACGUCGUGCCGAUCACCACCGGUCAGGUGACCAGUGAUCCUCCUGCCCCACACGCCGAGCCGACGCGACUGGGGGCGGAAGCAGCAGCGGCGACUGGUAGAACCAGGAGGAGUGCGGCGUCUGAUGUUGAUCCGGACAACGUCGCUGGCCAGAAAACGGUCGAGCCGGCGGUUGUUGUUGAAAACGCCGCCGAGCAGGCCACUCAAGGGCAGGUCGAAGAGCAGCCCACAGUUGCGACCGUGGCAGAAACUGUCGAGGAGGUCCCGGCCCAGACGAUGGCCGGGAGGAGUACCCGAACAAGGGGCGACGAUGCUGCGAGGGCACCUCCCCCGAGCAGUGUCGCGGAAGAGGGAGACAAAGCCCCCACUCCCCCUCCUGCUGAAGAAAGGAGGACUCCGACUCUGCCCCGAGCAGGAGCGUCUCCGUCGAAGGGCUCCCCUGGUCGGGUUAGGGAGCCUUUAAUACCUGUUACCCCGGCCGGGGGUAGCGCAGAAGGCGAGGAAGCCCCAGCAGCCUCCGAUGAUGAAGUGGAGGAAAUCCAAGAGCAUCCUCAUGAUGGUCGUCAGCACGUUUACGUGUGGCGCCAACAUGGGGACCAUUUUAUCGGUCAUGAAGAACUCGCCGAGACUGAGGAGGCGGCGAGGGUGGAGCGUGCUGCCAAACGGCUCGUCGAUGAAGUAAAGAGCGCAAUGCAAACAGCGAAGUACCGUAAAAGGUGCUCGACCAAAUUGAAGGGAUCGUGGCCGAGAAUAAGGCCCUGA